AUGUUAUUAGGACACCUGGACGGGGCCGACCUCGGUGUUCUUUUCUGCUAUUUCGUGAUUAUUUUUGCUUCCUCAUGUCGUAAUAGAGGCAGUGUCAGCGGCUACUUCCUAGCAGGUCGCUCAAUGCACUGGAUACCGGUGGGUGCCUCUCUAUUUGCCAGCAACAUCGGUUCCGGGCAUUUUAUUGGUCUAGCUGGCUCAGGAGCCUCCAGUGGCAUUGCAAUAGUCGUGUUUGAGUUCAAUGCUUGCUUUGUGCUUGCUAUUCUCGGAUGGCUAUUCGUGCCAGUCUACAUCGUCUCCGGUAUCGUCACAGUCCCCGAAUACCUUUGUAAACGACUAGGCGGUCAAAGAAUUCGGGUCUACCUGGCCGUAGUUGCUCUUCUUCUCUACAUUUUCACCAAGAUUUCGGCUGACUUAUAUGCAGGCGGUCUUUUCAUUCAACAAGCCAUGCAAAUUUCCAUCUAUCCCGCGAUUAUUUUACUUCUCGUCAUCUCUGCCCUCUUCACCAUUAUGGGUGGUUUGACAGCUGUCAUUUGGACCGAUUUUGCUCAGACUGUUAUUAUGGUUGUUGGUGCCUUUUACCUCACCAUCAGGACUCUGUAUCUAAUGGGAGGUUUUGAAUCAAUGUUAGUCAACUACUUCAACGGCAUUCCAAACACAACACGAGUGUAUAAAAGCACGUCCUUCAGGGCCGAAAACCAUUCACUGACCUCCCUAAAUCCCGACCUCUACGGUAGUCGUAGAGAUCGUGAAGCUAUUCUCCAAAUGGCUGACUACACGGAGGCGAAUGCCGGCAUCUAUGCGGAGUGUCAGAUCCCUCCAUCUGAUGCAAUGAAUUUCUUCAAAUCCGUCUCCAGCCCAGAUCUUCCUUGGACUGGAGCCGUGUUCGGUCUCACCAUCAAUGCCGUUUGGUACUGGUGCACGGAUCAGGUUAGACACAUUUUAGCCACCCUUAACUACUCUGUCCAGGUGAUUGUCCAAAGGACUCUGGCUGCUAAGAGUCUCUCCCAUGCCAAGGGUGGCAUUAUCCUAGCCUCCGUCAUCAAAAUUCUUCCGCUCUGGCUUAUGGUCGUGCCAGGAAUGAUAGCUCGUGUGCUCUUCGCAGACACUGUCACUUGUGGAUCUGCUCCGCUGUGUUCUCAUAUCUGCGGCAAGGCUGUGGGCUGUUCAGAUAUUGCCUACCCCUCCUUGGUUCUAAACGUCCUACCCUCGGGCGCUAGGGGUCUAAUGCUGGCCGUCAUGAUGGCGUCUUUGGUUUCUAGUCUGACUAGCAUAUUCAACUCGGCCUCCACGAUCUUCACUGUUGAUAUAUGGAGGCUGAUUCGGCCUCAAAGCCGUGAUGCUGAAAUCAUGAUUGUUGGCAGGGUUUGUGUCAUCGUUCUGGUGGGCAUUGGGAUCGCAUGGAUACCAGUUGUUCAGUUAAGUGACGAGUUAUUUGACUACGUCCAGUCUGUCACCGGCUAUCUCGCGCCGCCCAUCUGCGCCGUCUACGUCUUAGCCGUUUUCUGGAAACGAACCAACGAAAAUGGAUGUUUUGCAGCCUUGAUCGUCGGUCUAGUGAUGGGAGUAGCUCGUUUUGGAUGGGAAUUGGCCUAUGCAAAAAUACCUUGUGGAGACAUUCCAAUUGAUCUACCACACUUCUUGCUCAAACUCCACUACCUCCACUUCUCCAUCCUCCUCUUCGUUAUUCCCUUCUUCGUAGCUGUCUGCGUUAGCUUCGUGACCACACCGCUUCCAAAUUCCUAUACACGUCGUCUUGUCUUCUCCGAAAUACACACACCCUUUGAUCCCACUUUGGACGGACCUAAAAUCACCAUUGUCUCAGAUGAGGAGAAGCAGAGGUGGCUGGAAGAGGGAAAAGUGCAGAAACCCAAACCAUCGGGAUGGCGGAAAGCCGUGAAGUGGUUCUGUGGAAUCGAAGAGAUGCAGGACUCCAGGGAGCCAGUCUAUACACUGGAGGAGGCGAGGAUGUACAUGCUAAAGGUGGAGCGCCAGAGAAGCAUUGAGGAGAGUGCGAAGGGCCGAGUCCUCACUUCCCUUGGCAUCACUUUCACGCUUUCCAUCACCAUCUUCAUUUGCGCUUUCUUCGCUUAG